AUGGCGGAUGGGAACGACUACGAAUUAAGAAAAAAGAGGGAUAACAUGGAAAAGGCGCCACUUUCUCCGAACAGUGGCAAAAUGAAGGAUUUCUUCGGAAAGUUUGUUUAUGGGAAAACUACCUACAACAGGAGACAGGCAAAUAAGGCGGUGCUCCCACCCUCGUCCCCAUCUAAACCCAGUGAGAGAACGUUAACAAGGACAGGGGCCCCAAAAACAUUGUCACCUAAGCCGAAGUCACCAACAAAACAGACCUCUCCAAGAAAAACCUCCAAACCAAUGGACAGAGCAGCACCAGUCACAAAAUCUAAGGAACCGAAAUCAUCUGUCAAUGCACAGAAAACUAAAGAAUUUAUUGCCUCAUCUCAUAGAGGUAAAACAUCACAGGUAUCUACCAAGGAAAGAAAACUGUCGGAAGGGAAAAAUGUGGUUGGAACUCAUAAAACUAAAGCACCAAUAUUAGAUUCAAAAAUAUUGGUUUCUUCAGAAAUAUCGACAUCAUCACUAGAUGCAAAAGCUCCACGAAGGAACACACUUCCAAAGGCGCACAAAGUUGAACCAUCGCGAAUGAGAGAUAAAAGACAUUCCGAUGUCCAAAUCAUCAAACACAGUAAAAAACAUAAUAAACAGUCAAUCGAAUCGCUCACCAUUGAUCAUACCGACGGCACAGUUACUGAAAACAUGUCGGAGCUGGUGUACGAUCUGGAACUCAAGAAAAAGCAGCCAAGCAGCGAGUCACGCAUCAGUGAGAACGGGCAUGAGGAAGAUGAAAUGAAAGAUGAAAAAGACAAGGAAGACGGACUACAAACUGAGUUCCUGAAGGCAUUUGACAGAAAAAUGAAAUACAUCAAUCCAAAAAAGACCUUAGAUCUGAACUUAAACGAGACUGAGGAAGAAAAGCUCCUAAAAGAUGGAAAGGCUGAAAUCGAAAAUAAAAACUCAGCAUAUAUCUCCAAUAUCAUAGACGUGACUCAGAUGAACAAAGAGGUAGACGGCACUUUUUUGUGUUCUGAUAAAAACGAGCAGAAACACGAAAAGGAUACAAGAAAGGACAAUCUCGAAAUCAUAGCAGUUGAUGGAAUAAAACCAUCAAAACUAGAAGACGCCCACGAUGAAUCUAAGCCAGACAAGAAAAAGAAAAAAAUAAGAAAGGAACAAAAAGAAUCGGAAGUACUUGAAAUAGAACAACUAGAAUCUUUCAAUAAAGCGAAAGAAACACCUGACAAGAAGAUUAAACCGAAAUUCUUUAAAAAGAAGGAUAAGAAAGACAAGAGAAGCAGAAAAAUGUCCAAAGGCUCUAAAACAGAUGAAAUGACAGACACUUCUGAUGAUGAACAAGUUUCCGAAUUUAUUGACUUAAAAUCAAGCAUUAAAAAACAGCAUACAAAUACAAUCACUAUGGAAACUGGAAAGAAGGAAGACAUAAUUAAAAUGGAACCAUUGCAAAUGACAGUGAAAACAUAUUCGGAUGUCCAAAUCAUGGAACAAGGUGAAAAACAAAUUGAACAUUCAAUCAAACCUCUCAAAACAGAUCAGAUCAACACUGCGAUAGAUGCAAACACAUUGGAACUGGUGAACGACCUGAAACUCAAAGAGCAGCCAGUCAGCAUAAUGCACGUCAAUGAGAGUGGACAUGAGAAAGAAGGGAUUAAAGGUAAAAUUAACAAGCAAGACGAACUACAGACUGAAAUCCCUCAAACACUGGAAACAGAAUUGAUAUACAUCGACCAAACAAUUACGUUAGAUAUGAACUUGAAUGAGACUCAAGAGGACAAGUUCCUAAAAGAUAUAAAUGGUGAUGACGAAAACAAAAAAUCAACCAAAAUACUAGCAUGCAUCUCUGAUGCCACCAACAUAGAUGUGAUGCAGGUACACAAAGAAAAAGACGACACACUUUUGUUCUCUGACAAAAACCAGCAGAAACAUGAAAUAGAUACAAGAAAGGACAAUUCCGAAAUUAUAACAGUCAGUAGAAUAAAACCAUCAAAACUAGAAGAAAACGAUGAUGAGUUUAACUCUGACAAGAAAAGAGAAAAGGACAAGAAACUAUUAGGCAAGAAGCAGACAAAAUCGGAAGUACUUGAAAUGGAAGAAGUAGAAUAUCUUGACGAGACUAAACCAGCAACACCAGACAAGAAAAAAAUAACCGACAUACCUGCAUGCAUAUCCGAUGCCACUAAUGCCGAUGUGAGCCAAUUGCACAAAGAAGAAGACACUCUUUCAUGCUCUAACAAGAACAAGUCGAAAAAUAAGGAGGUUGAGAGGGAGGACAAUUUCAAAGUUGCAACAGAUUCAGUCGAUGGAAUAAAGCCAUCAAAACUAGGAGAACCCUUCAAUGAGUUUAAUCCUGACAUGAAAAUGGAAAACGAAAAGAAGCAGUUUGAAAGAGAAUCAAAACAAUCAGAAUUACUUAAAAAUGAAGAACUAGAAAAUUUCAAUGAAAUCAGAGCAGCGUCACCAGAACAAAAAAAUACAUCACCAUUCUUUAAACAGAUGGGCUCUGAAACAGAUGAUAUGACAGACAGUUCUGAUGAUGAACAAGUACCAGAGACUAGUGACUUAGAAUCUAGUGUUAAACAACAACCUGUAAAGACAAUACCUUCAAUAAACGACAAGGAGAAAGAUAAAGUUGAACUGAUGCAAACAACAAAGAAAACAGUAUCAGACGUCCAAAUUAUUAAACAAGGUGAAAAACAAAUUGAACGAUCAAUCAAAUCGCACGCAACAGAUGUUGACACAGUAGUUACCGAACACAUGUCAGAACUGGUGCAUGACUCAAAACUCGAGGAACAGCCAAUCAGUAUAUCACACAUCAAUAAGAUUAUGCAUGAGGAAGAUGACAUUAAAGAUGAAAAAGACAUGCAUGAUCAACUACAGACCGAAAUCCCUCAAAUAGAAACAAAGCAAUCAAAAGAUAUAAAUGGUGAUAGCAAAUUGGAACCAACUGAAAUACCAGUAUGUAUCUCUGAUUCCACCAACAUAAGUGUGACACACAUGCAUAAAGAAGAAGAUAACACACUUUUGUUCUCUGACAAAAACAGUCAGAAAAAUGAUACAAGAAAGGACAAUUCCGAAAUUAUAACAGAUCCAGUCAGUGGAAUAAAACCACCAAAACAUGAAGAAAGCCAUGAGAGUUUAACUUUGAGAAGGAAAGAGAAAAAGACAAAAAACAAUUAG